AUGACGCUACAAACAUGGACUUGCAGCAAGCUGGUCUCGACCAGCCUCUGCUAUCGACCGGUUCCUGCCAAGCUGCGCACCGUCUCAUACGUGCAAAAGGCAUUCGUUUCGUCAUCGCCGGUCCAGUCUUUUCGCCCUCUUGAAGCUCUCCCCACAAUCGGCGUCGACACGUUCCGAGAACAGUACUUUCAGCCCGAACGACCAGCGGUGCUACCGCGAUCACACUUCAAGUCCAUCCCCGCCGUGACGAAGUGGUUCAAACACAAUGACGUCUCGACGACUGAGAAACACCGAUCCACCGCGCGAUUGAAUACCGAGUAUCUCCUAAGAUACGCUUCGCACGCACUUGUGCCUCUGGAGCUCACGCGGCCAGCGGAGGACCCUGGCCAAAUAACCUCAAAGGGCAACGGUUCAGAAAACCAGCGACAACCCUCUGCGGAGACUAUGAGCUUUGUACAGUUCGAUGCGCCGCUGUCUCUCUUCCUCGAAUGGAUGCAAUCGACAGAGACCAGGCACCACAUGGAACGCAUCUAUCUUGCGCAGUGUCAACUCUACAACCUACCAUCGCCCCUGCAGCGCGACCUUGAGGCCCCGGAUCUCGUCCGAAAAGCCGGUCUGGACGAUAUUUACGACACAAACCUCUGGAUGGGACGCCCGCCGACUUACACACCACUACAUCGGGACCCGAAUCCCAACCUGUUUGUCCAGCUAGCGGGGCAAAAGGUGGUCCGACUCAUUGCGCCAGCGAUGGGCCAAACCUUGUUCGAUUCAAUUCGAGCGCAGCUUGGCCAAAGUGGCGGGAAGCAUGCGGCAGCGUUUCGUGGGGCGGAGAUGAUGCAGGGUCGGGAACGUGCGUUGCUGGAAGAUGCGGUUUGGAGCGAGAGCGAUACCGACGAGGGGAUCUUCAUUGCAGAUGGGUAUGCUUUCGAGGCGCAUCUGGGAGCUGGAGACGGGCUCUUCAUUCCGAAAGGCUGGUGGCACAGUAUUAAGGGAGUUGGAGAUGGGGUCACGGCAUCGGUGAGUGUUUUGCUUCUUUCAUUCUGCUGCGAUCGGUCUCGAUACUGA